AUGGCUUCUCGACUUCCACUCUCGCGCCUGUCGGGUCAACGCCUGACAACUGUGGCUCGAUUUACUCCUCGGGCCCCCAGCCAGCUUCGCAGCGUGAAGGGUCUCUCGACUCUUUCGCGAUCCAAUGUGUCGCCAAGAGCGACUUCGGGCUUGCUGCAGGUUUCCUCAUCCGGAACUUAUGCCGAUAAGGUCGUCCAGGUUCCCCAGAUGGCCGAGUCAAUCACAGAGGGCACCUUGAAGCAGUUCUCCAAACAGAUUGGGGACUUCGUCGAACGCGAUGAGGAGCUUGCUACAAUUGAGACCGACAAGAUUGAUGUUUCAGUCAACGCUCCUGAAUCCGGCACGAUCAAGGAAUUUCUCGUGGGUGAGGAAGACACUGUCACCGUUGGACAGGAUCUCGUCAAGCUGGAGUUGGGAGGAGCCCCCGAGGGAAAGAAGGAGACCCCCGAGAAGCCCAAGGAGGAUGCUGCUGAAAAGCCGAAGGAGCCCGCUCCCGCGCCCUCUGAGCCGGAGAAGCCCAAAGAGUCGCAAGCAUCGAAGCCCGCGCCGCCGUCAGAGAAGCCCAAGGAGCCACCUGUGAAAGCCGAUGCCUCCAAGCCGCAGGGUGCGACGGGUGCGCAGCCUGCUUUUGGUAGCCGCGAAGAGCGCCGAGUGAAAAUGAACCGGAUGCGCCUGAGGAUCGCGGAGCGCUUGAAGCAGUCCCAAAACACUGCGGCCUCCCUGACAACCUUCAACGAGGUUGACAUGUCCUCCCUCAUGGAGUUCCGAAAAUUGUACAAAGAUGAUGUGCUCAAGAAGACCGGCGUGAAGCUGGGCUUUAUGAGUGCCUUUUCUCGAGCUUGUGUCCUUGCCAUGAAGGAUAUCCCCGCGGUGAACGCUUCCAUCGAAGGCCCCAACGGUGGCGAUACCAUUGUCUACCGCGAUUACGUUGAUAUUAGUGUCGCGGUUGCAACCGAGAAGGGCUUGGUGACUCCGGUUGUUCGCAACACCGAGAGCAAGGACCUGGUCGGAAUCGAGCAGGCGAUCGCCGAGCUGGGCAAGAAGGCUCGCGACAACAAGCUGACCAUCGAGGACAUGGCCGGUGGAUCAUUCACCAUCAGCAACGGCGGCGUCUUUGGCUCCUUGAUGGGCACGCCCAUCAUCAACUUGCCUCAGACAGCUGUACUUGGGCUUCAUGCGAUCAAGGAUAAGCCGGUGGUUGUGAACGGGAAGAUUGAGAUCCGCCCGAUGAUGUAUCUUGCUCUCACGUACGACCACCGUCUUCUGGAUGGUCGUGAGGCCGUUACUUUCCUUGUCAAGGUCAAGGAAUACAUCGAGGACCCCCGUCGCAUGCUGUUGGGAUAA